AUGGGCCCGCCGCCGCUGGCGCGGUCCAACACGCGGUCCAUCCUCCGGUCCGCGCGCGAGGAGUCGGAGUCCAACGUCUUCGACGACGUGAAACGCAAGGCCCGGAGCGCGACGCGCAAAUAUAGAAGCAAGAAGGGCCUCCAGUCGCCCUACCUGUCGACGUCGGCGAGCGCGUCGGCGCUCGCCUACCUGCGCCACGCGGACGCGCUGCGCCACCCCGAGCACGCACUCGCCCGGCGCGCGCGGCUCCCGGACGGCGGCGGCCCGCGGCCCCUCGACCUCGGCGGGCUCUCGAGCCCGCUGAACCGCGCCGUUUCCCGAAAUUCGGCCCUCGCGUCGGCGCAGACCCUGGCGCGCCUCGAGCCGCUCGUGCCCCCGGCCGAGGUCGUCGAGCGGUCCUUCGCCAAGGUCCUCGAGCGGAGCGCGCGCGGCCGCGGCCUCGAGCGCUACGACGCCGUCCGCGUCGACGUCGGCGCGGGCUCGCCGCGCAAAACCGUCGCCGUCGCCGACGCGCCCCGGUCGCCGAACCGGACGCCGUCGAAGACGCCGAAGCUCAACGCGUCGCCGACGAAGGGCGACGGGACGCCGAAGACGCCGAAGCGCGUCGCGAUCGCGGCGCCGCCGGGCUCCGAGGAGCGCGACAGGCGCGGCGCGAGCCCGCUCAAGUCGCGCAAGGGCAGCGCCAAGUCCCCGAAGCGGCCGUCGACCACGACGGUGCCCGAGGACGCCGCGCUGCCCGACGGCGCGGACCUCGACGCCGCGAGCCGAAAGGCGACGGGCGGCGUCGAGGACUGGCCCUUCGAGCGCGCCGCGGGCGCCUUCUUCAUGCGCGAGGACGUCGACCCGGAGGACCGGGGCCGGAGCGUGCUGAGCCGCGCGGGGUCCAUCACGCGCGCGGAGCGCCGCGAGCAGCGCGAGGGCAAGCUCCCGAGCCCGCGGGACGUCGCCUACUACGACGGCCGCGUCAUGACCAUCGGCCCGCGCUGCCGGUCCGUCCACGGCUGGCGGAGGGGCCCGCCCGAGCUCUACUACCAGAACUGCAAGGCGCUCGACCUCGUGCCCGAGCCGGGCAUCACGGCCAUGCUCGCGGCGCUCGCGGGCGCGGACCGGCCGGCCGUGGACGUGUCGAAGCGGAGCGUCGGCGACGGCCUCGCGUCGGCGCUCGCGGGGCCCGCGGCCAAGGCCGACCCGUUCGUCGUGUCGUUCCGCGGCUGCCGGCUCGCGGCCGCCGGCGUCGCGGCGAUCUGCGGCGCGCUCGAGGCGGGCUGCUCGCGGCUCGAGAGCCUGGACCUGAGCGACAACCGGCUCCGGUCGCGCGCGGCGACGGACGCGCUCGCGCGCCUCGUCGCGGCCGAGGCGUCGACGCCCGCGGGCACGCUGCUGACGCUGCGGCUGGCCAACUGCGCCCUGAGCUCGCGGGCGGGCGCGGCCCUCAUGGCCGCCUGGAAGGACCGGGACGGUGCCCUGAGGCUCUCCGAGCUCGACCUGUCGCGGAACGCGCUCGGCAACGCCGUCGCGCGCGAUUUAGGCGACGCGCUCGACGGCGGGUCGCUCGUGACGCUCAAGACGCUGCGCCUCGCCUGGACGGGUUUAGGCGGCGAGGGGGCGGCGGCCCUCGCGUCGGGGCUCGGGGGCUCGAACGUGGCGACCUGCGACCUGGGCUGGAACGCGCUCCGCACCGACGACUCGAACGGCGGCGCGCCCGUCGCCGCGCGGACACCAAAUCUUCAACACGACUUCAAUGCGCUGCUGCACCUGGACCUGCGCUACAACCAGCUCGCCGGCGACGACCUGCGGGCCAUCGAGGCGGCCGUCCAGGGCAACGCGGCGCUCGCCCGCGUGCGAAUCAACCACUGGUUUGGGUGGUCCUGA